AUACUAUAACUGCAGUGACAUAGCCACCAUAAAAUCCAAUAUCUGCCUCACGUCAGAGAAUUAGAUUGAAGGGGACAUUUGACUAGACAUGGGCAGCAAGUAGGAAGCCAGAGUGCGCUCAGGACAGUUUCUGCCUCCGUUUCCCUAUAUCUAGAUGUUAGAAUAUGCCACACACGAAGUUCAGGGACAUACCUUCAUUUUUUUUAGUACCUGACGAACAAGGCCCGUGAUUCCAACGGCUGGACAACAUACCUCUAACUGACUGCCUCCAUCCUCUAUUCAUAUUGAAAUCUCAACUGACCACCAGUCGCACAUUCUGGCAAGCUAAACUUUGCAAGCUCCUCCCAUUAUGACGGCAAAGCCGUCGUUCUAUAGCAGCCUUGUUCGCGGCAUUAGAAUACAGUGUGGCACGAAGUACUGUCGCUGUCGAUAUCACAUCUCGGUUUGGGUUGCUUGGAUUCGCGUUUCGAGGUACCCUGUCUGCGAUCUUUUGGGAACGUUAAUUUGCAACCGCGUCAAAAGCUCCCGGUAGUACCGGGAUUUCAUUGCUUUUGCAAGGAUAUCCUGUAUCUUCCUAUCAAUGUACAAGGCAGCAGACCAAGUAUGGCGCAUGGAAUUGCCUCGUUAGUUUAUCACCCUGCAUGGGACUCGGAGAUGCGAUUGGCGUUCCGAGUGUUUGCGUCGGCCAGUUAUGCACAGAAUAGCGGUCGAGUCCCCGAACAUAAUGUCGCCUCGUUAGUCGCCGCUCGACCUUAAUCCAGAAUUUCUUAAGGAAUGAUGAUCAUUGUAACCUAAACUGAUGGAGCUGAAGUCUGAUCCUCUGCAAUCUGAACAACGGGAUAGAGAUGCCGGCCAUAGGCCUAGGCUGCUUCUCAGGGUUGACAAAAGAAGAGCGUGAAACAGGACAGACUUGGUUCCUGACUGGUAUUCGGAGUGGCUAUAGGUAUUUCGACACAGCAUACAACUACGGAACGGAAGUUUUCCUCGGAAACGCUAUCAAGGAGUCUGGUAUACCUCGCAAAGAGCUGUUCAUAACUACGAAACUUCCGCGGACUCAUAUGGGUCGCGUCCAAGAGUGCAUUGACGAAAGUCUUAAGAAUCUUGGGACAGACUAUGUUGACUUGUAUUUACUUCAUUGGCCUUUUGCGGUGAAGUUUUCAGAGACCGGUCAAAUGAUCGCAGACGAUUCAGUCACCCUCAAUGCUACUUGGGCAGAGAUUGAGAAGGUGCUCGCUAACGGCAAAGCAAGAGCGAUUGGUGUAAGCAAUCUCUCUGUCAAGACUCUUGACCAAUUAAUAAAGACGGCCAACGUUGUUCCUGCUGUCAAUCAGGUCGAAUUGCAUCCCUACCUCGCUCAGCCUGAUCUGAAGGCGUAUUGUGAUUCUAGAGGUAUUCUCUUAACAGCAUACACCCCAACAGGUUACGCCUACGUCCUCUCCUCUCCGACCAUAAAAGAGCUCGCAGACAAAUAUCAAGCUACACCGACCCAGAUUGUUCUAGCAUGGCACAUUUCCAGAGGAGUCGCGGCGGUCCCAAGAAGUGCAAACCCAGAACAUCAGAAGCAGAAUCUGAACCUACCGACUCGUGAGUCCGAGGACGUACAGAAGAUAAACGCACUUGACAGAUACGAGCGAGUUUUAAACAAGGUCGACGACAAAGGUUUCGUGUGGGGAAUGAAAGCUGAAGAGUUGGGUUGGUGAUCAAUUCGCACGUCGAGAGUGACCGCAGAAAAAAUGGUCGAGAUGGAUUCAUGGUUUCCAUAGAUGUUAGGAUAUUUGGGUUGUUUGCAUGCUGUACGGCAGCUUUGCAGAUGGUGCGGUGUUCCUUCCAGUGCUAAAUGAAUUGUCAGGAUACAGGAUUUUUGAGCUAUCAAGUCGAAAUGCUACGCACCGAUCGUUGA